AUGGACGCCAAGGUGUACGUUGGCGGUCUUCCCAGUGAUGCAACAUCACAAGAGCUCGAAGAGAUUUUCGACCGAUUCGGAAGAAUUCGCAAAGUUUGGGUAGCUCGCCGCCCUCCAGGUUUCGCUUUUGUCGAGUACGACGACGUUCGUGAUGCUGAAGAUGCCGUCCGCGCACUUGAUGGAUCGAGAAUUUGUGGUGUUCGUGCUCGUGUAGAACUUUCCACUGGACAACGCCGUGGUGGUGGCGGUCGCGGUGGUGGUUAUGGCGGUGGAUAUGGUGGCCGAGGAGGAGGUCGUGACAGUUCAAUUCGUGGACCAUAUUUCAAAAUUUUAGCGGACUCCGCUCGUCCGCGUCCCCAUCUGCCAUCCCAAACUUCACUCUCUUCCACUCCUCUCCAUCUUCUGUCGUCACGACACCUUCUUCUUCUCUUCCACACCACUUUGCGCCCUUUUCUUCUCCCAAAACAAUCGCCAGAGAAUUGUAUCUGUCGCGUUUCAUCAGCUAAACUUCCGCCGCAGUAG